UUUGAUGGAGUAUCCCGGAGGAGGUGGUGGCGGAGGGGCGGUGCUGCCGGGUGGGAACGUCCCGGCCUUCCUCACCAAACUGUGGACCCUGGUGGAGGACCCGGACACCGACCCGCUCAUCUGCUGGAGCCCGAGUGGAACCAGCUUCCAUGUGUUCGAUCAGGGUCGGUUCUCUAAAGAAGUUCUACCAAAGUUCUUCAAGCACAACAACAUGGCCAGUUUCAUCCGGCAGCUCAACAUGUACGGGUUCCGUAAAGUGGUUCACAUCGAGCAGGGAGGUUUGUUGAAACCGGAACGAGACGACACCGAGUUCCAGCACCCGUUCUUCGUCAGAGGACAGGAACAUCUGCUCGAGAACAUCAAACGCAAAGUCACCAACGUGUCCUCGGCGCGUCAGGAGGACGUGAAGAUCUCUGCGGACGACGUGAACAAAAUCCUGACCGACGUCCAGCUGAUGAAGGGAAAACAGGAAACCAUCGACUCCAGGAUCAUCGCCAUGAAACAUGAAAACGAGGCUCUGUGGAGGGAAGUGGCCAGUCUGAGACAGAAACACGCUCAGCAACAGAAAGUGGUCAACAAGUUGAUCCAGUUUCUGGUUUCUCUCGUCCAAACCAACAGGAUCCUGGGAGUCAAGAGGAAGAUUCCUCUGAUGCUGAAUGACUCAGGCUCCGCCCACUCCAUGCCCAAGUACAGUCGGCAGUUCUCAUUGGAGCACAUGCAGGCUGCAGCCAAUCUGUUCUCUCCCGACUCCCCGCUCACCUCUGGGCCAAUCAUCUCCGACGUCACAGAGGUGACCACGCCCAUCGUAGAGGACGUGGUCAGUGACUGGUCGGACUCAGGAGAGCAAAUGUCGGUCAACGUCAAAGAGGAGCCAUCCAGUCCUGAGCUGGAGGUGUGUCCUGUCCUGGAGGGUGGGGCCACACCUGUAGACACACCCCUCUCUCCCACCACCUUCAUCAACUCCUUCCUCCAGGAGAACGAGACGCCACCGGACAUCUCCACCGCCGACCCCACACCAGCCAUUGUUGUGACAAACCCCGCCUCCUCCUCUGGGCCCCUCCCACCUGCCCAAACCAGCCAAUCGCCCGCCUCGAACUGCAGCCCUGUGACAGCUCAGCACAAAUGUCAGACCAUCGCCUGCAUCGACAGGCCCCUCCCCCCUCCCUCUGCAGGUGGAUUCUCACCUGACCUCUGGCGCUUCCUAUCAACACAAGCUGACAAGUCGGAGCUGUCUGACCAUGUGGACAUUAUGGACAACAGUCUAGAAAACCUGCAGAACAUCCUAAACGUGCAAACCUUGACCUUUGACACCUCCCCGCUCAUGGAGUUUUUCAGUUCUUGUUCCUCUGGAGACUUUGACCUCGACAGUUUGGACAACCUGCUGUCUGACGACCCCCCCAGAGGAAGUGAAGGGAGCAGCAACACAGGGAAGCAGCUUGUGCAGUACACACCUGUGCUGAUGUCUGAACCAAUCGGUCUCGGGGAGGGCGUGGCCGACCUUCCAUCCCUGCUGGAGCUGGAGGCGGAGCCUUUUCUGACCUCUGACCUGUCCUCCGACGACCCAGCCGCCCUGCUGAGCCACAGCCACCUGGACACUGACCUUUGACAUCACGGAGGUGUGAAGACUCGUCAGUAACCAUAGUGACCGGACAGCCCGACUCAGCAGCAGCAAUAGACAAUGUUGGGAUCAAUCGAUCAGCUGUAGAUCAAUCAGUAGGUCAGAGGUCAUGUUUUUAGUGCGUCCUCGUCUUCUUCUUCUUCUACACUUUUAUUUGAGCUUUUUCUUCGUCUUUGCUUUUUAUAUAGUCGUUUGUUUUUGAAGCUCACUUCAGAGAACCAGGGUCAGGUGAUGACACACGGUCAGGUGAUGUCACACGGCCGUUCUCUCUGUUCUGCAUGUCGAAGUCACAUUUUAUCGGUUUGUCUUUUGUUUUUCAAGUGUAAAAUAUAGAUACAGUGAAGAGAAUCUGAAUAUUUUUGGAAAAGUUUAUGAUGAUUGAGAAGUACAUACCCCCCUCCCCCCAGCAGCUCUGUUACCAUGGAGACAACAGCGAAUCAGAUUCGAGGAUGUGAUCGAUCAGAUCUGAUGAUUGACAUUAAAUACAGUUUGUUUA